CGUUCACUAUAAAGAAUCGGCUCUUAGAGCCGGCUCGUUCGCGACGACACAUCACCGCUGCCCGCAGAGGAAGAAUGGCUGGCGUGCUGAAAAAGACGACAGGCCUGGUCGGCCUGGCAGUGUCGCACAAUCCACACGAGCGUCUGAGGGUCCUGUACUCCAAGAUCCUGGCCUCGGUGCAGACCAUGCCACAGGACGCAGCCUACAGGAAGUACACGGAGCAGCUGGUCAACGAGAGGUUCAACCACGUCAAAAUGGAGCCUGAUGUGGAGAAGCUGGAGAAGAAGAUCAACUGUGGGCAGAUUGAAGAAGUCAUUUUCCAGGCAGAGUGUGAGCUUGCUCUGUCCAGGAAGAUGUCGGAGUGGAAACCGUGGGAGCCGCUGGUGGAGGAGGCUCCUCAUAACCAAUGGAAGUGGCCCAUCUGAAUACGUGUGUGUGUGUGUGUGUACAUGUCAUAGUGUGCAUGUGUAAGUACUGUACAAAUAAACCUGCUUUUCUUUCCCCAA